AUGCCCAACUAUCAACCUAUCCCAACUGCUGCAGCCGCAUCCCCGACCGGACCGAUGCACAAGGCAACUACGCUCUUCGUUGGGUCGAUAUCUCCUGGUAUUUCGGAUGGAUUUUUAACCUCGUUGUUUGCUGCAUGUGGACCACUGAGGAGCUUCAAGCGGUUGCAGACGCCACAAGGAAAGCCGCAAGCAUUUGGGUUUGCCGAGUUUGAAGAGCCGGAUGCGGUUUCGCGGGCUUUGCAAUUGUUGGAUGGGAGACUGUUACCUUCGCUCGAGGGUGGCCAACCAAAGAAGCUGUCGGUUAAAGCCGAUCAAAAAACACAAGGAUUUUUGAAAACGUAUGAAGAACAAAGAGGACAGAACCCUGACGACGAAGUCGCGAAAAUGACCUCGGAAACACUCAUCGGUUCGUUGAUUGCAGCUCUGACCGAUCCAUCUGCGCUCCCGCAAGAGCAAACCCCGGAAAAAUCCAACGAGGUGAUCAUCCCUCCACAUUUGCAAGAUCUCCAAGAGCAAGACUUGCCGGAAGAACAGCGUGGGCUGGUCUUGAGUGAAAUUUCGUUGUUUAGGGAACGGAGUGCACGGAGGGACAAGCCUCCUCAGGUCGUGGCUCGUCAGCCACAGCGACAAGAAUCGGGUGGAGGGACGCGCACGUGGGGACAGCCGCAGCAGGACAAGGAAAAGGGGGAAAGCCAUGGGUUGGCGUCCAAGCCUAUUGGGUUCGUGCAAGCUACGAGAGACAAGGAGAAGGAGAAGCAGGAACCUGCGUCAAAGACCCCGGGCGAGCCGGAAAAGACAGACGAGGAGCGCGAGAAGGAACGACUGGAAGCUAGACGAAGGGACGAAGAUAAUUCUUUCCGCGAUCGAGAACGCCGGUACGAACCCCGCGAAAGACAACGCAUCGCUGCUAUUGAGCGUGCGCUGCAACGUGAGAGAGGGUUGGCACGUGCGGAAGAAAAGGACCGACAAGAGCUGAAGCAGCGUUUGGCAGAGUGGGAUGACGAUGCGAGCGACGAGCCGUUUUACGUUGAUCGUGCUCGAUGGAGACAAACUCGCCACCGCUUCCUGCUCUCUGAAACGCAAGCAGACGACGCGUCCCGCGCAAUGGAAGAACGUCAAGCCGAACACCUGCGUCUCGAAUCCGAAGCGUUCCUCGCGCGCCAAAUGGACGAAAUGCGCGCCUUGGCCGAGGAGCAACGCAAGGCGGGGUUAUUGCUGGACGACGGUGCUCCCGUCCGACUGGCAAUCUCGGCGGUGGAGAAGAAGGAAAAAGAGGAAGAAGAGGAGAAAAAGGCGGUGGUUGCCAAGCCUGCGCUCGUGUUUGGGCAAGAAGAGGACGAGGAGAUUGCUGGGCGCCGGAGGAGGGGAAACCUGGUCAAGUUGGAUUUCGAGGCUGCGGAGCGGGAGCGGGUUGUCGAGCGGUUACAUCGUGCGAGAGAUUCCGUUCCCAAGGCGCAGGAUGCGUUGUGGAGGGCCAAGGUCAAGUGGGAUGCUUUGGGCGAGUCCACGGUCCAAAAGAAGAUUGUUCCCCUUGCACGCAAGAAACUCGAAGAAUACCUUGGAGAGCUCGACGACGACGAUAUGGUUGUCUUUAUCGCUGACCACGUGAGGAGCCGAAAGGGACCUGUGGAACUAGUCGAGGCGCUCGAACCCGUUCUAGUCGAAGAAGCCACCGACCUGGUUGUCGCUCUCUGGCGCCAAGUCGUGUUUGAAUCCGCGGCGUACGGAGAUGGCCUUGAGUCUGGAGACAACUUUGUGGACCAGAGUGGGGACAUGGUCCCCACCUGA